AUCCUGUACUUCCGGUCUCGUAUUUUUGUUUACAAUUUUACUAAAAAGUGUAUUAAAAUACAUAUUUUUAUGUCCAUAUUGCCGGUGUAUAUUUAUAAAAAAAUAAUUCAUGAAUGAUUUACAGAGUGAUGAUUAAAAAUGUCGUCUUUAGCAGCCUUAAAAGCUAAAUUAGAAAAGAGAAAGAAAAGGAAGAGUGAAGAUCAAGGUGGAGAAACUGAAGAUGGUCUGAAGACUGAAGCACUUACAGAUACACUAGAUUUUACAAGUCAUGUUACAUGGGAAAAAAAACUUGCAGAAGAAGGUCAUAAUCCAGCAAUAUGGCUUCAGUAUGUAGAAGAUCUGAAAGUUAAAGUUUCCUUUUCUGAUGAUUUCACGAAAUACAAUAAGCUGUGUAUAGCUUAUGAUAGAGCUUAUAAAGCCAUCCCAUUUGAUAAGAAUAAGGAAAAUGGUGCAUAUGCCAGAUUAUUGUUGAAUUAUGCUGAUUUAAAAAGCCAGUAUAAUAUUGACGGAGCAGAGGCCAUAUUUGAUCACGCUUUGUGUGUGGUUCGUAAAUUCGCAGUAGUACAUAUUGCAUCUGCUGAAUUGCAGCUUAAACAAGGUAAUGAGUCUAAAGCCAAGAAAAUAAUUAAAAAAGCACAUUUAUAUAAGGCUGAACCAUGUGAUUUAUUAGAGACAGCACUACAUAAUGUAGAUAAUGGACAUGCAGUGUUACUCAAUGAAGAACAAAGAGAAAGAGGUUUUAAUACUGUAAUAAGUUGCAGUAACCAUGAGAAUGAAACAGCAGACAACAGUCAUAAAAACCAUCUGAUGGAAAUCAAUAAAGAUGACUAUAAUACAGCACCACUGAUUAUAGAACCUAUUGAACAGUCUGUAUUUAACAGUACAAGUAAUACUACCAUGAAACAUUAUAGAAGUACACCAGAAUGUCGAAGUAAAUCUCUCUCUCACAAUCCAUUCUCAGCUAACAAAUGGAGAAGACCAGCCAAUAAAUCUAUUGGUCCACCAAUGAGAGUGAAGUUACAGUUACCAUCAUUUGAUACACCUGUUGAUGUAGAAGAAACUACAGAUGAAAAUACAAUGAACAGUUUUAAACAAUUACAUAGUUUCCAUAAAAAUGAUAAUGAAACAUUCGGAGCUCACUCCUCUGGUUAUAUUUCUUCUACAACACAUGAUCUAACAACUGAUACAAGUAACAUACACGAUACAACUGCUUCACGUAAUUAUAAAAUUAACACACAAGAAGAAAUGGGACCACCAUCUAGUCAUUCAACAGAGGAAUUAAAAACAGACAAUAUUUCCCUAAUCUCUGUUGAAAAUAAAAGACAUUGUUCUGAAAGAGUUUUAAGUGAUUUCAAAACACCUACCAAUGACUUUAUAAAUCCUUACAAUGUUUCUCAACCAGGCUCUAAUUAUGUUUCAUGUGAAACUACAGGAAGCCAGUUAGUGAAUAAAGAAAGUCAGUCAGUGAAUAAAGAAAGUCAGUCAUUGAAUUCAGAAAGUCCAUCAGUGAACAAUGAAAGUCAGUCAGUGAAUGCAGAAAAUCAGUCAAUGGACAAAGACGAUCAGUUGAUGAAUAAAGAAAGUCAAUCAGUGAACCAAGAAAUUCAUUUAAUGAAUAAAGAAUUAAUACCAGACAAUAUUCCAUGUGUUAGUAUAAGUGACUCUAAAUCUGUGACUGCCUGUGUCGCUUCAGUGGAGAUUGUUAAAAAUGAAAUUAAGUCGCAAGAUACAUUUGUGGCUCCUAAGCCUGUUCCAGUGGAAAAGGAACUUUAUGUAAAUGUUAAUGAAGAACCAAAGCAAAGUCUGAAACCUAUGGCAGAAACGCCAUGUGUAAACAAUAAAGUUGUUGUUCCACCUCUACAAACCUGUCAAAUAGUUACACCAAUGAAGACUGGAAGUGAAAUUAAAGUUGUUAAUGGUAUACCUUAUACAGUAUUAAAACUUGCUGGUAAAGGAGGAUCUGCUAAGGUAUACCAGGUAUUUGAUGCAGAUAAAAAUGUUCGAGCAUUAAAAUGUGUUGAUUUAGAAGGGGCUAAUGAUAUCAUUAUACAAGGAUAUAAAAAUGAAAUUAAUUUAUUAAAGAGGUUACAAUACUGUGAUGCGGUUAUUAAAAUGUAUGAUUAUGAUUUUGAUCCAGUUAAUAAUAAAUUGAAUGUCAUUAUGGAGUAUGGUGAAACUGAUUUAGCUAGUAAUUUAUUAAAUCGUAAGAAAGGAGGUAAAGCUCUUGGUGAGACAACUAUUAAAUUUUAUUGGCAAGAGAUGCUUCGUGCUGUCAAUGCUUUACAUCAAGAAGGUAUCAUUCACUCAGAUUUAAAACCAGCCAACUUUAUAUUUGUAGCAGCUAAUUUAAAACUUAUAGACUUUGGUAUAGCAGAUGCUGUACAACAAGAUAAAACUAGUGUGUUAAAAGAAACACAGGUUGGAACUUUAAGUUAUAUGAGUCCGGAAGCCAUAUUGGAAUCUUGUGACAGUCCAGCUAGAUUCAAGGUGAAUGUGAAGAGUGAUGUAUGGUCAUUAGGAUGUAUAUUAUAUAAUAUGGUAUAUAGUAAAACACCAUUUCAACAUAUACGUAAUCAACUAGCUAAAAUACAAGCUAUAACUAAUGAUAAACAUGUUAUAGAAUUUCCUGAUAUACCUGAUAAAAACUUACUUAAUGUUUUAAAGUCAUGUUUAGUUAGAGAUCCAAAAUUGCGACCAACAACAGAUGAAUUAUUACAGCAUCCUUAUAUAGCUGUUAAAUCUAAUGAUGAAAGUCCAGUUCCAAACAAACCAAAACAAAAAAAUUUACAGAAAAUACUGGAUCAGAUAUCUGAAUUUUCUCCACGAAGUAUCCAAACAUUCCAGGGGAUGAUACAACAGAUGGGAAGUGGUAAAAAUGAUACUUUACAGGUUGGUGAUUCAGACACACCUCCUAGCUCUAAUCACCAUGGUAACAAUCCGUCAAACAAGCCACCUUCAGCCCAUUCUAAUAAACCAGGUAGACCACCAUUACAGUGUAUAUAUGUUGCAAAGUGAUGAUCACUCUUAAGUUAUUUGUUUCUCCGAUAAUGAAACUGCCUGUAAAUUAAACUGUUUAUAUCAUGAGCUAGAUACAUUGUCAGUUUUUGUCCUGGUAUGUUUCUGCAGGUCCUAAAUUUUUAUGUGAAAAUUCUUCAAUUUCUGUUAAAAAAAAAAAUGUAAACAAAAAGCAGUUUUGUCUCGCAAUUUUGUAUGCUGGUGCAUUAUUACUGGAAACAAGUGCAUAUUGAGGAUAUAAAUCAGAGAAUUCUGCAACAAAAAAGGUUUUAAAUUUGCAUGACCUGAAUGCAGAUUUGCAUGAAAUGUUAUCUCCUGUGUAUGAUUUCCAUACUAUAUAUUUAUGAUUUAGUUUUCGUAGGAAGUUUAUGUACGUUAUUUAUAACAUUAGCAAUUAACAUUUUAAAUCAAAUACUGUUGUGUUAUGUACAUGGUGACAAGAAAAUGCCAACGAACAGUUAGUUGAUAAUUUUGUUUGUAAAUAAUUAUUUUUUUUUGUUGUU